CCGGUUCAUCCGCCGGUUCCGUUCUCCGCCCUUCACUUCCGGUCGCCUUAGAUUCCACCGAGGCCACCUCUUGCGUCGGCAGCCCCCGGCUCUCCGCGGUCCAGGUUUUUUUCUUUUUUAAUAUUUUUCUGAUUGAAAACUGCCCCGUCAUAUGUUUCAAGGAUGGCUGUCCCUCUGAUAGUAAAAUGGGGUGGACAGGAAUAUUCAGUGACCACACUUUCAGAAGAUGAUACUGUGCUAGAUCUCAAACAGUUUCUCAAGACCCUUACAGGAGUGCUGCCAGAACGCCAGAAGUUACUUGGACUCAAAGUUAAAGGCAAACCUGCAGAAAAUGAUGUUAAGCUUGGAGCUCUCAAACUGAAACCAAAUACUAAAAUCAUGAUGAUGGGAACUCGUGAGGAGAGCUUGGAAGAUGUCUUAGGUCCACCCCCUGACAAUGAUGAUGUUGUCAACGACUUUGAUAUUGAAGACGAAGUAGUUGAAGUAGAAAAUAGAGAAGAAAACCUACUGAAAAUUUCUCGCAGAGUUAAAGAGUACAAAGUGGAAAUUUUAAACCCUCCCAGGGAAGGGAAAAAGCUUUUAGUACUAGAUGUUGAUUAUACAUUAUUUGACCAUAGGUCUUGUGCAGAGACUGGGGUAGAAUUAAUGCGGCCAUAUCUUCACGAGUUCCUAACAUCUGCCUAUGAGGAUUAUGAUAUUGUUAUUUGGUCUGCAACAAAUAUGAAGUGGAUUGAAGCUAAAAUGAAAGAGCUGGGAGUGAGCACUAAUGCAAACUAUAAGAUUACCUUCAUGUUGGACAGUGCUGCUAUGAUAACAGUGCACACCCCAAGGAGAGGAUUAAUAGACGUAAAACCUCUUGGUGUUAUAUGGGGAAAGUUUUCGGAGUUUUACAGCAAAAAGAACACCAUUAUGUUUGAUGACAUAGGAAGAAAUUUUCUAAUGAAUCCACAGAAUGGGCUAAAGAUAAGACCUUUUAUGAAAGCGCACCUAAAUCGAGAUAAAGACAGAGAACUUUUAAAAUUAACUCAAUACCUCAAGGAAAUAGCAAAGUUAGAUGACUUUUUGGAGCUAAACCACAAAUAUUGGGAAAGGUAUCUCUCGAAGAAGCAAGGACAGUAAUUAUAAGUUAUACUGCAGUUAUUGAAGAUACUUGAGAUCCAUGAACUUGCUUUUAUGCUGGAAAUCAUUAUGAUAGUGCAGGACACUGAGCAAAUACCAGAUUGCUUAUACUUUGUCUUCCAGUUUUUUCUAAAUUUAAUUUUAUAUUUUUUGGAGAUCAUAGCAAUAUGCUUUAAAAAUUCCAUUUUUUUCUUAUAUGUAUAUACUGUUAGCCUUGAAAAAAGUGUUUUCUCCAGCAUUGAUUACUAAGUUUUUUCCCAUUCCCUCCCCUCCCUUCCCUGCCCCCUCCCCAAAAUGGAGAAAAAUGUGUGCUCAAGAAUGUUAUUUUGUGACUUUGGAAACAAGUUAUGUGUUGUGUUUUUGUCUUAAUUGUGUUUUUGUCUCACUAACUCUAAGACCAAACCUAUCUUGAAACUAGUGUUUUUCCCUUUCAAACCAGAAAAAAAAAAAGUUAUUAAGUAAAGGACCUAGUAUUUAAAUAUGCUUAAAUUACUAACAAUCUUUUAUUCCUUUGUCGUAGACACAACUCGUCUGUACUCCACUACUUAGAUCUCUGAAUUCUGAGCUGUCUCAGUUUGGUCUGUAUGUGUGACAGUGUUCUUUAAGUAAAACUGGAAAACAUCAGCCGUGAUACAGAUAUACCAUGGUAUGAGAAAUCGAAAGCAUAAGACUAAAGAAUAAAAUAAGGAACAGGA